AAGGGGGGUAAAGUCGGAGCGCACGUCUCCCCUGCUGCGCACACAUGCACAGAAAAAGUGAAGGGAAGAUGCUUCUUUCUUUUCGAUCAACAGUGCAGUCCGUAAGACAUUCGGUACUUCUUCUCUCUUACCAGCGCGUCAAACUGUCCCGUUCCCUGGCUUACAGGAGGAACUUGCGCAGCCGGGGCUCGUCCAGUUCGGGAGGCGAGGGGAGGCACCAGAGAUCCAGAGCACCAUCACCCCUAUAGCGAAUCCGUGGAGAGCCACGCGUCGGUAUGGGCGCGCAGACAAAAGGACGUUACCUCUCGACGAUGGGCCUCCUGAUUCUUGUUUACUGCGCAGUAUCCGUGAUCUCCAAAGGUGCCACAGGUGAUGUUCAGUCUGACGCCCAACCCUCGGUGCAGGGCACCCUGCCGCACUUCAUCCAGGAGCCUCAGGACGCCUACAUCGUCAAGAGCAACCCCAUCAAGCUGCGCUGUCGAGCUGCACCUGCCUUACAGAUCUUCUUCAAAUGCAAUGGGGAAUGGGUGCACCAGAAUGAGCAUUUCUCCCAGGAGUAUAAGGACCUCAGCACUGGACUGAAGGUACGUGACGUGAUGAUCAAUGUGUCCCGUCAGCAAGUGGAGGAUUUCCAUGGCCCAGAGGACUACUGGUGUCUCUGUGUGGCCUGGAGCCACCUGGGCACCUCCAAGAGUCGCAAGGCCACUGUUCGUAUUGCCUACCUGAGGAAAAACUUUGAGCAGGACCCCCAGGGGAAGGAGGUGCCAAUCAACGGGAUGAUCGUUCUGCACUGUCGCCCCCCGGAGGGAGUGCCUGUGGCAGAGGUGGAAUGGCUGAAAAAUGAAGAGCUGCUGAGUUCCCUCACUGACGACAACAUUGACACCCGAGCCGACCACAACCUCAUCAUCAAUGAGGCGCGUCUGUCUGACUCAGGCAACUACACCUGUUUGGCCAGUAACACUGUGGCAAAGAGACGCAGUGCCACAGCCACUGUGAUAGUCUAUGUGAACGGUGGCUGGUCCCUGUGGACGGAGUGGUCGCCCUGUAAUGUGCCGUGUGGGCGGGGUGUCCAGAAGCGAUCUCGAACCUGUACUAACCCUGCGCCUCUGAAUGGUGGGGCUUUCUGCGAGGGCAUGUCUGUACAGAAGAUUACCUGCAAUGCACUCUGCCCAAUUGAUGGAGGCUGGGACGAAUGGAGCGAAUGGACCCUUUGUAACAGCCAGUGUGAGAGGCAGCGGAGCCGGGAAUGCAACUCCCCAGCACCAAGGCACCGUGGCAAGAUGUGUGAAGGGAACAGUCAGACCACUGAGAACUGCACAGAUGGACUGUGUACCCAGAAUCGAAAGCUGCUACAUGACGUUAAACCUCAAAGUAUGGACAGCUCCAAUGAUGUAGCUCUGUACUCGGGUCUUGGAGCUGGCAUCAUUGCCGUGGCAAUCCUUGUAGUGGCUGUUAUGCUGUACAGGAAGAACCACAGCGAGUAUGGCGUGGAUGUCAUCGACUCCUCUGCGCUCACCGGGGGUUUCCAGUCUUUCAACUUCAAGACCACCAGACAAGGCAACCCGCUGCUUCUCAACUCCUCAAUGCACCCUGACUUAACAGUGGGACGGACGUACAGCACUCCCCUCUGCUUCCAGGACAGCACAGACAAAGAGCUCUUUGACCCCCUGCCAGACAUCAAGGUCAAAGUUCAGAGCUCCUUUAUGGUUUCACUAGGUGUGGCCGAGCGUGCAGAGUUCCACGCCAAAGCCCCUGCUGAGACCUUCCCACGGGACCUAAGCCAGGACUACUGCAGCACAGUGGACAGACGCAAAAAGGGCCUGCUUGCCCUCAAUGGGCCAUUCAACACUGGCAAAGAGGAGCUGAGGACCACGGGCGUGUUUGGCCACCCCGGGGGACGGCUGGUGGUGCCAAACACCGGAGUCAGCCUGCUGGUGCCUCAUGGAGCAGUGGCUGAAAAUAUGUCCUGGGAGAUGUACAUGGUGAUCAAUCAGGGGGAAGCAAGUGUCCAAACAUUGGAAGGCUGUGAAAUCCUCCUGGGCCCAGAGGUGACAUACGGUCCUCCGGGCCUGGACCUCUUCUGCCCAGUGGCCAUGACCAUUGCUCACUGCGCUGAGGUGGACGCUGAAAACUGGAACAUCCAGCUCAAGAAGAAAACCCAAGACAGCAAAUGGGAGGAAGUGAUGUCGGUGGAGGAGGAGUGCACUUCCUGUUACUGCCUGAUGGACUUGACCAGCUGUCACCUGCUGCUGGACCAGCCAGGCUCAUACGCUCUGGUGGGUGAGCCCCUGACACAGGCCGCCAUCAAGAGGCUGAAACUGGCUGUGUUUGGAAGCAUGGAGGCCAGCUCCAUGAACUACAGUCUGCGGGUAUACUGUGUGGAUGACACGCCGCACGCCUUUCAGGGAGUGGUGGCUGCAGAGAAGACCAGAGGGGGUCAGCUCCUGGAGGAGCCAAAGACGUUGCCUUUCCGAGCAAACACCUUCAGCCUCCAGGUGUCCAUCCAGGAUGUUCCCCAGUUCCUGUGGAGCAUCAAACCCUUUACCACAUGUCAGGAAUUUUCCUUUCCCCAAGUGUGGUGCAGCAACCAGCAGCCCCUGCACUGUGCCUUCUCUCUGGAGAGAUACAGCCCUGCCACCUCCCAGCUCUCCUGCAAAAUCAGCGUGCGCCAGGUCAAAGGCCAUGAACAGAUUCUGCAGGUCUACACAGCUGUGGCCAAGACUGAAAAGGAGUCCGUUCCAUUUUUUAUGCAGACAGACUGCACCAUCACGUCUCAGACAGGGCCCGGGGCCUUCAAAAUCCCCCUGUCCAUCUGCCAGAGGAUCUGUGCCACCUUUGACACUGCCAACGCCAAGGGCAAGGACUGGCAACUCUUAGCCCAGAAACUCCACUUAGAUCGAAACCUGGGUUAUUUUGCGAAGCAGCGGAGUCCAUCAGCAGUCAUACUGAGCCUGUGGGAGGCUCGCCACCAGGACACUGCUGACCUUGACUCUCUAGCCAGUGCUCUAGAGGAGAUUGGCAAAAUCCACUCCAAAAGCUCCCCCAAGGACCAGGAUGAGCCAGAGCCUGACUUCAAUCACAUACAAGCAGGCAGUCUGUGCGGAACAGGCCAACGAACGAGCCCGAAGACAGAGGACUCUGCUCCUGAAUAUACAGGCUGAGAGAGAAGAGACGACAGAGGGACAGAAAACUGACUAACACAGUGACUAACAUAUAUCUGUGUUUGACCAGAUGCAGUGAUGGACAAUACACUGUGGCAGAAGGUCAUGAAGUUGUCAGUGACUAAAUGGUGCAAGCAGCCAACACACCGUCCAAUCACAGCAGUUUGAGCCGAGCCGGUGCCUGCUGUGGAUUUACCCGUCUUUUGAGAAUCUUUUUCUGCCUUCCUACCCAAAUUUAAGGUUAAUUUUUAAUUUAUUGUUCCUUAAUUGAAGGUGUAUUCAUUUCUAGAAGAGACAGGAGCUCCUUUUCCCCCUGGGAUGUCCCUGCCGCUUCCCCCCCACACAGCAGCUAGACAUAUUUGCAUACAAGUUCUUAAAUGCAAAUAAGCUGAUACAGCUGUGGUGUCAUUUCAGAGUUACCCAGUAGUUGAUAAAAUGUUUUUUUUUCUUUUCCAAACCAUAUUUCUGUGUCAAAGAGUGAAUGAGGACUUAAAAGCAACUUUUUUUGACAUCUAAUAUAUUUUUAAAAGGAAGCUGCUGAUUGCUUAAAUGUUGUGCUUGUGGACUUUUACAGCCAAGUAUCUUGAAAUUUACCCAUUUUCAUGUCUUAGAAAAACCCAAAAAACUUAGUCCAUAGGAAGUUUGGUGCUUCUGAUAGACAACCAGUGUUAUAUGAUAAUUUAUACAACAGAUAAUUUAAAAAACAUAAUACCAGCCCCAGUGUGAACUUGAAGGACAGCACAGUCAGGGGGCGACUUCCCACAUGUGCAUGUGGUUGUGGUGAAUGUGGAAGAGUGAGAUUUCAAACUGUGGCAUUACAGUUUAUUACAGUUUCCUCCACCAAGAGAUAGCGAGGAAGGAAGCUGUACAACAUCAUUUCAUGGCACUGCAGGGAGCGAAAGACUGCGUCUUAUCAAGUCGUUCCCACCAUUAACUCCUGUCACAUAGACCUCAUAUCAGGCCUUGACACACCCGGCUGUCCGCACCACCACCGCCAUCGUUCACCUCCAACACACACAUGUUAAUGUUUCAUGGCUACAAAGCUCAUGCACAAAUGAGCUGGGUUUUCAUGUUGUAAAACAAACAAACAAACAAACAGAAGAUGAAUAUUUAUGGUGUCCAUCUCAGAAAAACAACACACAAUCAUACAGCUGUUUACACACUAAACCCACAUCAUACUGAGAGAAUGAUAUUGGAAAUUAUGUCCUGGGUAUGGGCGUGGAUGGAUUGUUGAAUGGACCUUUCAGGCAGACACCUAGGGGCCCAAGGGUUUAGGUGGCCCCGGGGUCAGAGCCUUUAUUGAAGUGAAUAUUAACACUUCAUGCUUGAAAAUCAAUUAAAUUACUUUAAAAAGACACAAAACAACCACAGAGGCACAAUACUCCUACAAAGACAUGCAAACUGACAAGAAGUAGGCAAAAAGAUGUUAAAUGAACAAAAAGACUCAAAACAACCACACAGUCACAAAUAAUUGUAUAAAGACACAUGAAAUUACUACAAAUAAAUGCAAAGAGACACAUAACAACCACACACAGUCAGAAAAAACACUGAGAAGACACACAAAUGAUGACAAAAAGGUAAAGAAUGACCAGAGAUGCAAAAUGACUACAAAGACUCAAAUCAACUACAAAUACUGUAGAUGCAAAACAACUACAAAGAGUAAGAAAAAUGAAAACACGCAAUACAAAGAGACACAAAACGACUCCACACAUGGAAAAACCUGCCACCACUGUGUUGUUUAUAGUUAUUUUGUGUCCCUUUCAGUGGAGGUCAUGGAGUCAUUUUGUCUCUGUGGUUAUUUUGAAUGUCUCUGUAGUAUUUUGUGAUUCUUUGUGGUUGUUUUGCAUCUGCUUGUAGUUGAUUUGAGUCCUUGUGGUCAUUUUUACAUCUGUAUUUUUAAUGUGCCCAGGGACCCGUAAAACCUUUAGUACUGUUCUGCAUUGCAUUAGAAUGAAUUAAGUGUUAUACACUACCAGUCAAAGCCUUGGACACACCUUUGCCAACAUUUCAGUGGGAAGGUGUGCUCAGAUUCUGGCUGGUAGUGUAGUUUAAGAAAGACAAAAUUUUAACCUUAAGACACUUCCUGAUUUUGUUAUUCUACCCAAUGUACUUAGAUCUUUAGCCAGUGUUUGGAGGGCACCCGUUGUCACUCAGGGUCAAAUUUGUGUAACCAAAAACUGAUUAAACUGCAACAUAUGUCUGUACCAGUUUUAAUACACAUUAUAUACAUUUCAUUAAUUCUUUUGACAUGACGUUUAUUCAGAAAAAAAAGCAUCCAGCCUCCAAUCUUCAGAGAGUUUGUACAUACCUCACAUCACAAUGGGUCUCUGCCUUCCCUCUGCCAGAGAGAUGUAUGCUGGGGAAAAUACGGUCAGCUAAAUUAUCCAAAAACAUAUUUUCUCACUUCCUAUAUAGUCACAUUUAGCCAUAGUGUUGUUUUUCUCCCCGGUUUUGAUAUAUUUGCCUCUGAAAUGUUGGUAUCUAUUGUAGGUGAAUGGAAUAGAUUUGUGAUGCUCAUGGUUUUGAAAUAUUACAAUUAUUCCUCAUAAUCCAUAGAACACGCUGUUAGUAGUUUUCAUAUUCUAUGAAAGGCAGGGUAUACUUGUUCACUUCUAGAAAGGGAAAAGCUGGAUAUUUUGUUUUUUAAAACCCAAACACUGAAUCCCACAUCUGUAUUUUGUCUGUGUUUGCUACAUAGAAGUCAGCCCCAUUUAGCCCCAGCUUGGCACUCAGAUGUUACUUCAUGAUUUGGUUACAUAUCAAACAAUUUACAAAUGUUAGAGGUGACUUAACAGGUGCCUGCUUUCUGCCGUGGAUAGCAACAUGUUUGCCUGGAGUAAAAUCCAUUGUUUCCACAAACCACACUGGUCACUGCUGGAGGGUUUCAAACUGUAAGGAAGCACGGAGGGAGAGACGUGAGACAAAGAUACUGCAUGUGGUGAAAAUGUAUGCAGCUGUUUUAACAAUACCAGUUAGUUAUUGUAGUUUGGAUUUCUUGUCAACAGUUGCAGCAGCUCAUGGAGGUGAUUAAGGUAGGCUUUUUAAUGACUCUGAGCACCAGAUUACAAUAUACUUACUGUAGAUUCAGUGUGACUUGUAGAUGGGUGAACAACUAAAUGCCCUCAGAUGGUCAAAAGCAGCCAGUUAAAACAUGUUUUGAAGGAAAUUUAGAAUGUUUUUGGCACAGUACUGGGGACUGUAGUAAAGUCAGAGACCAUUUCUUCUUCUUACAUGGAAUUAGUAAUGAACCUCCAACCAUAGCUGACUUAUAUAAUCCAUAUUCAUACCUAUAGCCUAAUCGUUGCUGUCAGCUAAAAAAUGCAUGCCAUAGUUGUCCUCUCUUGUCUACAAAUCCGAUUCAACAUUUUUAUUCUAAUUCAUUUGGCUAUUUUUAUGAUGAGAGAGCUAAAUGUAUUUUGAAUAUGUCCUGGUUUUUCAGGAAUCAUAGGGUGACUUUCAAUUAACCACUGAGUAUUUCUGACCCGAUACUGUAUGUGAAUGGUUUCAUCCUGCCAUGAUAAAGGACCAGUUUCAUUUCUCUACAUUGUCUCUAUGCAUUUCUAAUCAAAUUAUAUUUAUCUUUUAUGUAAUUUAAGAUGGUAAGUAAGGUAUGUGACAGGUAAUCUUUUAUUUUUUCCCAAUAUAACUCUUUCCUUAACUGUGACUAACUUGAUUUUCCUUUUCAUUCAUGCAAGCAAAGAGCAUCAAAAAUGGAAAUGUGUGCUUUUGUAACGAUUAGCGGUGGCCUAUGUUGCAUUGAGAGCAUCCUGUCUGCGCGGUACACCCCAUCAAACUCAACAUUCACCUUCUAUCUGGAUGUAUUUCAGCUAUGUGUACUGUAUCUCAUAAACAUGUUAAAAUUCAGUUUUUAGUUGUUGUUUUUUUUUUUCAGUGAGCUCAGACACACAUACACAGAUAAAAUUCUCACUAUGUAUAAUGCUUUAGUGUAAGACUGACCUUGUUUGAAGAGAUAAAUUUUCUGUUGCAUCACCUGAGCUGGUCGGUCUCACACUCUUUUUUGCUUCACGCAUGGCCUUUGGCUUCAUAUCACUAUUCUUGUGCCUUGUUUAACUACUGUAAAUGGUGAAUGUUGUAAAUUACAGAUGGGGAUGAAAAAAAGAACAAUUAAUCAUGCUGACAUACAUUUAAAGGUAUUAAUUCAAAAAAAGUAUUUAAGAUAAUAUUAUUGAAUAGGCUACAGAGCUUUUCUAGUGCUGAACAUCUAUGUUUGGUAAUGCCAGGGCAGCUUUGUGGUAUAUUGUACCUAUAAUUAUGGACAUUUUGGAUGUUUUCUGUACAGUAGAAUUUGCAAAUGUAUAUGCAGCCUUUUGGAAAUAAA